CUUUUGUCUCAAUGGGCAGAGACUGAAAGCAACCGCUGCUGCCCGGAGGGCCGAACCGGAGGGUGGGCGCAGCCUUGGCUGCCUUGGGAACCGCGCUGCCUCAACUCGGCUACCCCUUACUGGGCGGUCAUGCGAAGCUCUCGCUAGGUCUGGCAGCCCCGGGUCGCUUAGCGGCCGAGGAGGCGCCAGAGAUACCGUUCCCCUGCAGAGCUACGGGGACCGGAAGGCAAAACAGAGCUGUCGACGCGGGAGCACAUGCUGCCUACCAGUGGAGCGCAGGUAAAGAAAGAGCGCGCGAUUGCCCGGCGCGGAGAGGGGUGGUGGAAGCCCCGCCAGGACUGGGCGGCGCCUGGCUUGGAGAAUCAGUAACUGCGAGGCAGGGGAUGGAGCAUUCCCUUGGCCUGGUUGCGCUGAGGAGGGAGUUGUGGUUCAUCUGGAUGCUGCCAACUGGGUGGGAUUUAGGAUUUGCCUGGAUUAAGGUCAUCAAAGCCAAAUCCGAACUUGGAUUCUGUGCGGCGGAUUGCAGAGCUGGUAGGGCGAGGGUCUCCCGGAGGAAAUGUAAGGCGGAGUGGGGAUGGGGGCAGGAGGCACUUUGGCUUGCGUUCAGAAGAUGGGAGAGGGAAUUUUCCGCCUGGUGACAGUGAAGCUGGUGGAGAGGAGGUAUCAGGUUUUCAGAUGAAGCUGCUUCCAAUCCUUCCUUUCCCUCCUUCGCGUCACAGUCUUGAGGCCCUGAGGACUGGGACCUGCGACCCCCAGUGGACAAAAGUCGGCUCUACCCCAGAGGUUAAUUUUCUCACGGCAGGUACCUGUUGCAGAGGCUGCACGUAAAAUAAAGGCGAACGCUAGUUUCCGAGUUCAUGUAAGAAUCUGAGAAAUAACGGGGGAAACGUUGACAAGGGGAUGUGAUUGAGACCUGAGGCCAUGAGAUUAAUGGUUUCUUAUUACCAUAAAUCUGUGACCCACAACCAUUGAGUUCCGUUUUGAGGGCCCAGUAUAAGCUCCAAACACUAUGUCAUCUAGAAUUAGAAGCAACAGUUGUCGCCCCUCCUGGAGUACAGGCAGAGUGGAUGGAUGUGGCUCUGAAAAACUACCUACUAGUCCAAGGAAACCUGCUAGCUCUGGAAUGUUGUAAUUGCCAGUCUCCUGCAGGGUAUUGUUAAGGCACUGGGCAGAUAUAAAAUGCACUACAACGUUAUUCAGGAAGAUCGAGAAUGCUACUACAGACUGCUUCCCCACAGCCCACUAUCUUAUUAACCGUUUUUAUUUUCCUUAGAAUCCCUACUGAAAUACAAGGCAGGCACAGCCCAUGAACGUUGCUUUGGAGAAUCCUGCAGAUAAGGCUUUUCCAAAAAGCGCGAGUAUCUUGUUGUAUUCAGAUACCCUAUCGUCGUCAGUCAUGGCUAGCAUCAUUGCGCGUGUGGGUAACAGCAGGCAGCAGAAUGCACCUUUGCCGCCUUGGGCCCAUUCCAUGUUGAGGUCUCUGGGGAGGAGUCUCGGUCCUUUCGUGGUCAACAUGGCAGAGAGAAACAUGAAGUUGUUCUCGGGGAGAGUGGUGCCAGCCCAGGGGAAAGAAACCUUUGAAAACUGGCUGAUCCAAGUCAAUGGGGUCCUGCCAGAUUGGAGUAUGUCUGAGGAGGAAAAACUCAAGCGCUUGAUGAAAACACUUAGGGGCCCUGCCCGGGAGGUCAUGCGUUUGCUUCAGGCGGCCAACCCCAACCUAAGUGUAGCAGAUUUCUUGCGGGCCAUGAAAUUGGUGUUUGGGGAGUUUGAAAGCAGUGUGACUGCCCAUGGUAAAUUUGUUAACACCCUGCAGGCACUAGGGGAGAAAGCCUCCCUUUAUGUGAUCCGUUUAGAGUUGCAGCUCCAGAAUGCUAUUCAGGCUGGCAUCCUAGCUGAGAAAGAUGCAAACCAGACUGGCUUGCAACAGCUUCUUUUAGGCACCGAGCUGAAUAGGGACCUGUGCUUCAGGCUUAAAUUUAAGCAUCUUCUCAGGAUGUAUGCAAAUGCGCAGGAGCGGCUUCCCAAUUUCCUGGAGUUAAUCAAGAUGAUAAGGGAGGAAGAGGAUUGGGAUGAUGCUUUUAUUAAACGGAAGCGGCCGAAAAGGUCUGGGCCAAUUAUGGAGAAGGCAGCCAGCCCUGUGGCAUUUCAGGGUGCCCAGUCAAUAACAAUCGGCAGUGCUAACUGUAACUGCAACGUGAUAGAAAUAGAUGAUACCCUUGAUGACUCCGAUGAGGAUGUGAUCCUGGUGGUGUCUCUGGACCCUCCACUGACACCCACAGGUGUCCCUCCCUUCAGAGGAAGAGCCAGACCUCUGGAUCAAGUGCUGGUUAUUGAUUCCCCCAACAAUUCUGGGGCUCAGUCUCUUUCUACCAGUGGUGGUUCUGGGUAUAAGAAUGAUGGUCCUGGGAAUAUUUGUAGAGCCAGGAAGUGAAAAUACACAAUCUGCUGUUCAUAUUGUGGUAAGGAGGGCCACUCAGAAGAAACCUGUGACAAUGAGAGCAACAAGGCCCAGGUUUUUGAGAAUCUGAUCAUCACCCUGCAGGAGCUGACACAUACAGAGGACAGGUCAAAAGACGUCCCUGGAGAACACAGUGAUGCUUUUGAGCCACAGUAAGGAUCUAGACCCAGCCCUAAAUGAGUUCUUAACUGUAUUCAGAGUAAUGGGAAUAACAGGAGAGGAGGGUGGGUUUCUAACUGCAUGAAUCCACAAAGCAGUUUUCCUUUGGGAAAGAGAAGAGGUCUUGUAUACCAGCACAGUGGAGGGGAAUGGUGUGACCUCUGUCCAUGUUCCCUUCUCUGCUGGCUUAAGAGUCUGUUCUCCAUGUGUCUAUUUCUUUGAUGACUUUCUACUUUUUAUGAAAGGAGCAUCUUUUCAAUAAACCUUCAAAAAUAAAGAAAGAUACAAAAACUAAAGUACAAAUUACCUGAAACUCAGCACCCUUUUGUAACCAUUGUCAGCCCUUUGGUGAAUGUCCUUCCAGAUAUCUCCCUGUACCUGUGUACCCAGAGAGAUACAUGUAUAGAUAAGAGUGAUCAAAUAUAAAUGCUGUUCUAUACUGUGUAUUUUUCACCAAAUAAUAUAUCUUGUGGACUUCUAUGUCAAUGAAUAUAUAUAAACAUCUUAUUUCACAUCUCUGUGUGAUGUUACUUUUAGAAAGAUAAAGAAAAAUGAAACUAAAUAUAGAAGCUAUAAGUGGGGGUCAUACUAGGAGGAUGGGUUUUUAUCAACCUCAUUUAUAGGAAAGGAGAAAGGAAACUGAAAUGGACUGAAUAUCUCCCAUACAACCCCUUAACACAACUGACCUGUCUCCUA